AGAAGAAGAAGAAGAAGAAACUGGAUUUGCUUUUUCACCAGAGGAUCCAGAUUUCCCUGUGGCCUCACAAACAAAAAAGAAGGAAGACGGAGCAGCACAGUCAUCCCUUUGUGAAAAAGGCAUUCAGAGACGGGGUUUCACCGUGUUAGCCAGGAUGGUCUCGAUCUGCUGACCUCGCGAUCCGCCCGCCUCGACCUCCCAAAGUGCUGGGAUUACAGGCGUGAGCCACCGCGCCCGGCCUCAGCUGGUUUUUCAAAAGUCAUGGCAAGUAAUUGUCAGAACAGUGAACUUCGGAGAUUCACCGGAGGGGCGAGGCCACAGCUCGACCGCGAGCACCUGAGCAUCCUGCACCGCCUGCGACGGCCGUCAGGGGGCGCGAUGCCGCCUCACAGAACCUCAAGAGGCGCCCGGGUUCCGGCACAGACGCCCUGCGGCUCCAGGGGGCGGAGCCGAGCCGCCUCCUCAGGACCUACGCAGGAGACGCCUCCAUCCCUACAGGGACACCUGAGAGGACCCAGCCUCCUCCUCCUCAGGACCCACUCGGGAGACGCCGCUGGCUCUAUAGGAACACCUGGGGACCGUGGCCAGGGACGACCCAGCCUCCUUCUCCUCAGCUCCUCAGGAACGACUGGGGAAGCUGUGGCUUCAUGGUCCCCGAGGCUGCCCGAGGAAAGGUAUUUCAGGACAGCCAGGAGGGGGCGCACAUCCGCCGAGAAACUGUGAGCAAGAGCGUCUGUGCUGAACCAUGGCUCCACCAGAGGGCGCGCGAUCCCGCCCCAACCAACUUCCCGCUGAGGUGCCAGAAGCAGCGAGGAGCUUCAACUUCCUCAGGGCAGCACGAGGGUCAUGUUAAUUUGGUGUUCUUCAUUGAUUCCCCAACAGUUAUUGCCGUACCAGAUUUGCAGUGUCGCACAAAAUACUGCGGUAUAUUGCACUGAAAGCAUGGACGCUCUCCCAGGUUGUUGGAACGUAAUAAGAGUUAAUGUGUGGUCUCUGCUGCAGUGUCCUGAAACAGAGCGCUAAGCCUCGGGAAUGUACGAAGUAAUGUGUCUUUCGUAUGCUAAUGAAAUGAUUGAUGGCUGGGGGCACCUGGAUAGCCUCAGUGGGGCUGGCUGCCAAGGGAAGCCACCUUGUCAUUAGAGGAUUUGAAAUUUCUUCCCCCGUCCCAUCUCUGUGAAGGGGAGAGGUGCUGAUGGUUGAGUUGAUCACCUAUGGCCACAGACGUAACCAAUUUGCCUGUGUAAUAAAGGACAGGGUUGGGAGAGCAUCUGUGUUGCUCUCCCAACACAGGAGAUACUGGGAGAAUCAUGUCUGGUGAGGGCAUGGGUGGCCUGCAUUCCUUCCACAUACCUCACCUUGUGCAUCUCUUCGUCUGGCUUUUCAUUUGUAGCGUUUAAAAGAUCCUUGGUAAUAAGUCAGGAAUAGUAAGUACACUGCGUUCAUGGGUUGUGCAAUGUGAUGUAGCAAAUUGCUGAACCCAAUAAGGGUGUUGUGGGAGCCUCCAAUCUGUAGCAAAGUCAGACAGAAGGUAACCUGGGAACCUACUGUUUGUGGUUGGCACCUUAAGUGGUUACAGUCUUGUAACGGAGUACCCAUAUUUUCUUACAGAAUAAAUGAAUUAGUUUUACCAUUUUGCUGUUCCUGCACUUAGCUCUUUAGGAAUGCAAUUAUAAGCUUUACUGUCUCUCCACCAGACACUUCCUAUACUGCAAACUUUUCCAACUGUGUGAUAACUUAAAAGUUCCAGGGACCAAACCUUGAAACAAACUGGCACUUCCAUAUCUCUCCCCCACCAGGAGAUUGGCAGCAGACAACAGUCAAUUUACAACCUGGCUCUGCCCAUGGUGGUGCUAGCAAGAUCACCUAAUGGAGAAAACAUCAGAGCAUGUCCCAUAGACCCUGCACCUCCUCACCUCAUCCCCUGCAUGCCAUUCUGGCAAGUCCGAAAGCCCUGCUUUCUGCCCAGAAAGUGGAAGCGCUUCCCUUAAGGCAAGAGCCUGUAUGUUCCCUUCAGCUAAGCUCUGGCAUAAAGUCACUUUCUUUUUACCAUCCUUGUGUUUGUCAUUUAAAUUUGCAAGCAACAAGGGGCAUGACGUGUAUUCCUAGGACUGAGUCCUUAGCCUGUGGGGUCUGAUGCUUUCUCCAUUUACUGUCACAAUUGGGUUGCACUGUAGGACACCCAGCUGGUACCCAAGAUUUGGUCUGUGUGGGGAAAAAACCGAUGUAUCUGGUAACAGAAGUGUUCUGUGUUGAGUGUUGAGAGUAUACUAUAAGACAGUUGUUUUUCCUAUUAUAACAUUUUGUCUUUCAACUUUUUUCUUCAUGUCUUCUGAGACGUAAAAGUUGUAAAUUUUGAGGAAAUAAAUUGAUUUAUUUUUC